AUGAGCCUUUAUUGCUUCCUAUAAUACCAUAGUUUUAGACAGCUAAUAUUGUUAAGGGUCAGUUUAUUUAAAAUUAAGCUAGUAAAAGGCUUAUUUCUUAUUGUUAUAAUGAUAUUAACCUGUUGA